AUGACGGAGUGUAAGCUCACGGUGGUGGGUGCCAGAGGCGUGGGGAAGAGUGCCCUGACCAUCCAGCUCACCCAGAGCCACUUUGUGGAUGAGUACCAUCCCACCGUAGAGGACUCCCACCGGAAGCAAGUGGUCAUCGAUGGGGAGACGUGCCUGCCGGGCAUCCUGGACACGGUGGGCCAGGAGGAGUACAGUGCCAUGCGGGCCCAGCACAUGCGCACCCGGGAGGGCUUCCUCUGUUUGCCGUCAACGACGCCAAGUCUUUCAAGGACCAGAUCCUUUGAGGACAUCCGCCAGUACAGGGAGCAGAUCGAGUGGGUGAAGGAAUCAGACGACAUGCCCAGGGUGCUGUUGGGGAACAAGUGUGACCUGGCCACUUGUUCCGUGGAGUGUCGGCAGGCCCAGGACCUGGCCCGCAGCUAUGGCGUCCUGUACAUGGAGACUUCGGCCAAGAAGUGCCAGGGCGUGGAGGAUGCCUUCUACAAGCUGGAGUUCAAGAGCCGGCAGCACAAGGCGAGCAAGCUGAGCCCGCCCGCCCGACGGGGGCGGCCUGGGCUGCCUGAGCUGCAGGUGCCUGCUCUCCUGACUGAGGCACAGGCGACAGGCGUGGAAGAGGCACAAGCAGGGAAGAUGCAGGGCAGGAAGGAAGUGCCGCCGCCGGAGCCCAGCCAGCCCAGAUGGAUGUGUCUGGAGGAUAAUGUAUCCCUGAGGACAAGAGAAACUUCUCGAUGUUAAAUCUCCAGUGUCAAUGCCAUGGUCAAUGCUGGAGAAACAUUUCCUGUGAGAUGCAUUGGGCUACUUUUUUCUAUAUGACCUAUAUGUUUUUAGUUCUUAAUCUCUC